UUCAGGAAACUCUGUAUGAACUGCUGACUAAUAUCUUUUGACAAUAUGAAUAAUUACUGUGGAACAGAUAGUAGAGAUGAUAGGAUAUUCUGUGAUUUAUCUGCUGAUAAUGAAGAUGUUGCACCGAUGGAAGUGGAAUCAUUAUGUGUUAAUUGUCACCGGAAUGGCGUCACCCGAAUACUUUGUACUAGGAUCCCUUUUUAUCGACAAAUUAUUGUGAUGUCAUUUAGUUGUGGGCAUUGUGGCUAUAGCAACAAUGAGUUGCAAAGUGGUGAAGCAGCACAAGAGCACGGAAUCGAAAUUGUUUUACAUGUGGAAAAUUUAUUGGAUUGGAACCGGCAAGUCAUCAAAUCAGAAUAUGCCGAAGUUGAAAUUAAAGAAUUGGAAUUAACCAUCCCUCCGAAGUCACAAUCUGGUGAAAUAACGACUGUGGAGGGAAUUCUACGGCGCGUGAUUACCGGUCUCAGUCAAGAUCAAAAUCGGCGGCGUCAAUGUGAUCCUGAAAGUGCUGGGAAAAUUGAUGAAUUUAUAAAACGAGCGCAACGACUAGUUGAUUUGCAGGAAAAAUUUACACUGAAGAUAAAAGAUGUGUCCGGUAAUAGUUUUAUUCAAAAUCCUGUUCCAUUCCAUGUGGAUCCUCAUUGCGUCGUAACGCAUUUUAACCGAAGUUUUGCUGAUAAAAAACUUCUGGGGUUUGUGGCUGACGAUGCAGACGAAGAAGACUCUACUCCAUUCCAAUCAUAUGAUGAUGCAAAAAAUGAGGUGUUGAGGUUUGCCACUGAUUGUCCCAAUUGUGGAGCUCCGACGGAGACAUGUAUGAAGCCCACAGAUAUCCCUUAUUUUACAACUGUUAUUCUGAUGUGUACGACUUGUGAUACUUGUGGAUGGAAAUCAAAUGAAAUUAAGAGUGGUGGAGCCAUACGGGAUCAUGGCUGCAGGUUAACUGUUUCGAUAGAAGAAGAGAUUGAUCUUGCGCGGGAUGUUUUGAAAUCAGACACAUGUAGCAUGUUUAUUCCCGAGCUUGAUUUAGAAGUAGGUUCUGGUGCCUUAUCAGGAAGAUUUACAACUGUCGAGGGCUUGCUUAUAGCUACCAGGGAUCAACUCAAGGAACAAAGAGAUUUUUUCUUAGUGGGAGAUAGUAGAAGCGAAACAGAAAAUGAUCGGAUGAAAAGUUUUCUGGAUAAUUUUGAGCAAAUAUUACGGUUGCGCAAGAAAGUUCGUUUAGUUUUAGACGAUCCAACGGGUAAUAGCUACAUUCAGAGUCUAAAUGUCCCAAUGGAUGAUAACCGCUUAAAAAAGGAAUUCUACGAGCGUACCAAUGAACAGAAUGAUGAACUUGGAUUAAACGAUAUGAAAACAGAAAACUAUUCUCAGUUAGAAACUAUUAAUGAAUGUGAAUGAUUUGAGUUUAAACGGUAAUGUCAAUUCGAACACAUCUGUAUCUUUACAAUACUUAUACAUAGUAUGUAAUUAUGUGGAGGGAUACAGCACAG